GCAUGUGAUUUUACCGGAUUACUCAGAUAAUACGAUCAUAUUCAAAUGAACUGUUCAAACAAUGUAAUCUAAAUAGGUAUUGUUUUUAUUUGAGAAAAUGAAAACUGUAAGAUCUAUGUUCUUAACGCUGCAGUAAAGAUGCAAGCAUUGCUGAGAAAUGUGCGAACAAUGGAGAUGUACAAGAAGAUAAGGGCAAAGAAUGGCCACAAAUUGUUGCUAUUCUCCUAGGCUGCCUCAUGGCUCUACAGUACGGUCUCCACUUUGCUUGGACAUCUCCAUUCUUCGUGCAGUUAACAAAAGACAAAGAAAACUAUAACAUCACCGAAGAUCAAGCAUCACUAUUCACAACAUUACCUCCAAUGUUCCAUAUACUGUCUUGUCCUUUGUGCUCCUGGAUGUGCAAUGCAGUAGGGCGGAAGAAUACUCUCCUUGCCAGUGCUGUACCUAACAGCUUAGCUUGGAUUUUAGAGGCAUAUGCUACAGACGUGUAUACAUUUUAUUUAGCUAGAUACCUGCUACACAGAUUUAUACAAGACUCAUACUGACCGAAUAGCCAUAGACAAAAAUAACUGAGGUAAAACGAGGUAAGGUGUCUCACAGGUUUAGGUUCAUGUGCCGUGUUUGCAUCUUUAUCUAUGUAUAUAGGAGAAAUCGCUACACCCAAAGUAAGAGGCUUCUGGGGAAAUUUCAUGUCAAUCUUCACAGCCAUUGGACAAUUCUUUAUCAAUUUAAUAGGCAUCUAUUGCAACACACGUCUAACCUCCUACAUCUGCCUGGUCCCAUCGAUUCUAUUCAUAAUUACCUUCCCCUUCGUUCCCGAAUCUCCCUAUUAUCUGCUAAUGAAAGGGAAAGAAGAGGCUGCAAGGCGGAGCCUGGGAAGGCUGCUUCGCAAAAGGGACGUCGCAGCGGAUUUCGAGCAACUGAAAGCCGACGUCAAGAGGCAGAUGUCAGAGACAGGAACUUGGAGGGAUUUGGUGUGCAUUGCUGCCAACCGAAAGGCGCUAAUCGCCGGGGUGUUGAUGAGAUGCGCGCAACAGUUCUGUGCAACCGGAGCUCUCGGAUCUUACACAAGGUACAUUUUCGAAGAAUCUGGGGGUGACGCUGAAUCUUCAACGCUGAUCUACAGUGGUGCAAGCGUCAUAAUGACAGUUAUCGCUGGAUUCACGAUCCAUCAUUUUGGGCGGAAGAAAUCUUUCGUGGUAUCAAUGUUCUUAUGCAUUGCAUGCAUUCUGGCUCUCUCAAUUUUCUACUACAUCAAAGAAUUACAACCCCAGGUGGAUAUAUCAAGAUGGCUAUGGACACCAUUGCUGGGCGUGACCGCUUUCACAAUAUUCUCCUCCUUUGGUGUGCUUGUUAUACCAACGUUAAUGCUUGGAGAGCUUUUUUCUGCGUCUAUUAAAGCUAAAGGGUUAACUGUACUACUUAGCGUUAUGGGUUUGACGAUAUCGUUGUCUAAUUACAUUUUUUACUGGUUGACCGUCAGUUACGGCAUGUAUUGUCCUUUUCUUGUCUUUUCUAUAAUCAGUGUAUUUUUGACUAUACUUUGUAUAUACAUCAUACCAGAAACUAAGGGUAAGACCUUGGAAGAGAUACAGCAGAUAUUAAGUGGAAAUGUGCGAGAAUAAAAGCUUUAACUAUGGUUUUUUCAGUAAAUAAACGUCUCACUGAAUCCCCUGACCUUGAUCAUCCAUCAUCUUUCCGAUCUCAGAUAA